AUGGCCAUCGCGCACCUGGCCACCGAGUACGUGUUCUCGGACUUCUUGCUGAAGGAGCCCUCGGAGCCCAAGUUCAAGGGGCUGCGGCUGGAGCUGGCCGUGGACAAGAUGGUCACGUACAUCGCCGUGGGGCUGCCGCUGCUGCUCAUCUCGCUGGCCUACGCGCAGGAGAUCUCCAUCGGUACACAGAUCAGCUGCUUCUCCCCGAGUUCUUUCUCCUGGCGCCAGGCUGCCUUCGUGGAUUCUUACUGUUGGGCUGCCGUUCAGCAGAUGGGCUCCUUGCAGGGUGACCCUGGAAUCCUCGCCCUGUGCCUGCACAAGUUUUUCCCCUACAUCCUGUUGCUGGUCGCCAUCCUGCUGUAUCUGCCCUCCCUGUUCUGGCGCUUUGCAGCUGCUCCGCACAUUUGCUCAGAUUUGAAGUUCACCAUAGAAGAACUUGACAGAGUGUACAACCGCGCCAUUAAAGCUGCCAAGAGCAUGUGUGACCGCGACCUGAGAGAUGGUCCCUGCGCAGUUCCCGGUUCUAAUGAGAACGUAGGACAAAGUUUGUGGGAGAUAUCUGAAAGCCACUUCAAGUACCCAAUCGUGGAACAAUACCUGAAGACAAAGAAAAAAUCUAAUAACUUGAUUGUCAAGUACAUCACCUGCCGAGUGCUGACCCUCAUCAUUAUAGUGUUAGCAUGCAUCUACCUGGGCUAUUACUUUAGCCUCUCCUCCCUCUCCGACGAGUUUGUCUGCAGCAUCAAGUCAGGGAUCCUGAGAAACGACAGCACCGUCCCCGAUCAGUUUCAGUGCAAACUCAUCGCCGUCGGCAUCUUCCAGCUGCUCAGUUUCAUUAACUUGGUGGUUUACAUCCUGCUGGUCCCCGUGGUUGUCUACACGCUGUUUGUUCCAUUCCGGCAGAAGACGGAGGUUCUCGAAGUGUAUGAAAUCCUGCCCACUUUCGGUGUUCUGCAUUACAAGUCUGAAGGGUACAACGACUUGAGCCUCUACAACCUUUUCUUGGAGGAGAAUAUAAGUGAACUCAAGUCAUACAAGUGCCUUAAGGUACUGGAGAAUAUUAAAAGCAACGGCCAGGGCAUCGACCCCAUGGUUCUCCUGACUAACCUUGGCACGAUCAAGGUGGAUGUCGUCGACGGCAAAAAUCGCAAGCAGUCUGAGAUGAUGGGAGAGGAGCAGGGGAACCAGACGGCAGAGCUCAAAGAUUUGAAUGCACACAGUGAAACUAAAGCAAAUAAUGGGGAGCAGAACGCUCGACAGAGACUCCUGGAUUCUUCUUUCUGA